ACACCGAAACUCCACAAUGGCUUGGUAUGGUAUCGUUCCCCGUCCGGCCUGAAUCGACCGAUAUGUCCCAGCCCGAUGUGUCUCGCUUUGGCAUGGAGUUGGAGCUCCUCGGGGCCAUGUAUCCGGAUCAGAUCGGCUUCAAUUCUAAGCGCCGCGAGCUAAAGUUCACCGAUCGCUCCGCUGUUCUCCAGCUCCGCAUCCCAGAGCUCUACCCCGAAGUCGGCUCUCCGGACAUUGUAUCUGCAAGAGACGCAACGAAGAACGACGUGCGAGAUCGCACAAAGGCAGGAAUCCGGACGCUAAGGCUGGCAGAGGGAGAGGAAGCACUCGACGCAAUCAUCGCAUGCUUCCAGCGCAUCAUAAAAGACACUAACGACACCACCACUACCCACACAGGCACAGACAGUUCCACCAUCGCAUCUACCUCCUCCUCCUCCGCCCCCGAGCCCGGCAAAACCGUCGUAAUCUGGCUCCACCACCUCCUCGCCCUCUCCAAACGCAAGCUUGCGCUCUCGCACCCCUCGCUCUCUGGCGUCACGAAGCCCGGCUACCCAGGUGUCAUGGUCUUCUCAGGGACCGCGCCCGCCGUCGCCGGGCAUGUUAAUACGCUGAAGGCGGAGAACUGGCAGGCGUUCCAGGUGCGGUAUGAGGGCGAUGAGCGGUGGAAGUUUGCGCAUGGAGAGGGGAUUAGGGAGGUGGAGAGUAUGGCGGAGGUAGUUAAGGAUGUUGAGGGAGGGGAUGCGGAGGCGGGUGCGGAGGGAGGCGCGAGAAGGAAGGAGGAGUUUUUGAGGGCUGUGGGGAUUAAGUGAGGGGCGGCGGAGGCGGAGGUUGAUUGGGAUACCGGGAGGUGUUUCGAGCAAGGAGCGGACCGGCGGCAAAGGUACCCGCCGGGACGCUAGGCGCAGGCAUCUAUCUAUAUGCUCAAAGACGCGCCGAAGAUGACGGAGAGAGGGAUGCCGUGUGCUGACCGCAGCUGCGGUCCGCUGGGAAUACAUCUUAUUGGGCUCCCACUGAGAUUGCUCUCUAGGUGAGACGCUGCAUCGAUAUGCAUCGCUUUUGGUACCACAGUACAGCGUGCGGAAGCAUCCUACACCUUCCUAAAUACCCAGUGAAGGUUUCAGAGCGUGUUAGAUAGGCCUUGAAACGACGAGCGGGUUCUUUUAGCAAAAGGAACAUCCUUCAUGCGUUCGUGCUCUUUGACCGCUCGCCG